UUGCUUGCGUAAGAAAGAUAUUCCUAAUUCUGCUUAUUUCAGUUCUGCUAAACCAAAUUACAAGGCAGAUGGCAAGCAUGUAUAUUGGGCACUCUUCUUGUACAUGAGAAGCGUGAGAUCAGAGGUGGAUCCACCAAGACACCUGCGAUCUCACGCCCUUUCUCUCUCUCUCAAAUUUUCUCUUUCACACGCAGUCCUACACACCCACACUCUAUAUAUAUAUAUAUGUAUGAUUAUAUAUAAUAAUACAAUACUAAAUUAUUGAUCAGAUUGUUAACUUAGGGCUCGGUUUCGAUCCAUCCAUUCAUAACUCAAAUUAUUACUGGAGUCGAUAGAUCUGCAGGAGGAGCCCAAUUAAUCUCGAGACUCCCUUAUUUAGCAACUGCUCGACACGAAGGUUCUUGUUGAUGAGAAAAUCAGGGUGGUUGCUUACAUAAAAGAUCACGGUGAUCCCAAGGAGUGCAAUAAUGUCGACAGAGGGAGGGGAUAGUAGCGUGAUGCUAGAAAAUAAUGUGGAAGAUGCUGUAAAACCUGAGAAACAGUUCAUUCGCUUGAACCACGAGAGUUUUGGAAGUGUAGUUAAGGAGAAUGGGCUUUAUGAUGGCGACCCUUAUACUAGUGAGACUCAUGAUCAACUUGUUCAAAAUAUCGUAGAACUCAAUUUCCAGAAUGAGUAUUUGAAGUCUCAGUUUGAGUUCCUUAAAGAGCUUCGCUCAGAAUCUGGUGGGUCUGACCAACAAACAGGAGCAACAGAGAGAGAAGGAGGGGGAUGUGAAGAUGUGAAAGAGCUCCGUGAAAAGAUAGAAUCUUUAAGUAGAGAGCUUUUGGAAGAAAAACAAACCCGAGGUGCCGCGGAGGAGGCCAUGAAGCAUCUUCAAGUUGUAUACAUCGAGGCAGAUGCAAAAGCCCAAGAGCUUUCUGCCAAGCUUUCUGAAGCUCAACAGAAGAUGGGUGAAGAAAUAAAAGAGCGUGAUGAGAAGUACUCUGAACUUGACUCCAAGUUCAAUAGGCUUCACAAACGAGCUAAACAGCGUAUUCAAGAGACUCAGAAGGAAAAAGAUGAUCUUGCGGCUCAGUUUCGUGACGUGAGUGAAAAAGCCAGCCAAGCAUCAUCCCAACUGUCAGCAUUGAAGCAAGAGCUGGAGCGCACACGGCAACAAGCAAAUGAAGCCAUUAAAGCAACAGAUAUGGAGAGGCAGCAAUUACGGAUUGCAAACAACAAGCUUCGAGACAACAUUGAAGAAUUACGGCGAUCUUUGGAACCCAAAGAGAAUGCUCUCGAGGCAUUGCAGCAGUCACUUUUAGAGAAAGAGCAGAUGCUAGAAGACAUGCGAGGUUUCCUUCAAGCAGCAGAAGAAAAAAAGCAAGCCUCAAUAUCUGAGGUCUCUGCCAAACACCAGAAGCAAAUAGAGAGUUUGGAAUCCCAACUUGCUGAUGCAUUAACAGAUAGAAGCAAAGCAACCGAAACGAUUUCCUCUCUGCAGGGGAUGAUUGCUGAGAAAGAGUCUAAGAUUGCGGAGAUGGAUGCAGCUUCAAGUGGCGAAGCAGCACGACUUAAAGCUGCAGUGGAAACGGUAAAAGGAGAGCUGAAUCACAUGAAACACGAGCAUGAGAAAGAAAGGGAGAUUUGGGAAGUUAACUCACAGGCACUGAAAACGAAGCUGGAGGUUGCUGAGAGUAACUGCAUGCGUACUGAAAUUGAAGCAGCUAAAAUGAGAAGUCAGCUGGAAUUAGAAUUAUCUGUGCAAACUCAGCUGCUAAGUACACGAGAUGCUGAACUAGUGGCUGCAAAAGAGGAGUCCAGACUUUAAGGGGUCCACAAAAGUUUGAGGAUUAGUGAAUGGUUAUUUAGCGUUGUUUGGAGAUUGAGACUUGGGAUCAAGCUGUAAAAAUGGGUGCACUCUAGGCUAUAUAUGAGCCCUGGAAAUUAAAUGACGGGAUUGGCCUACAUUCAGUUUGAACAAUUCCCAAGGGAUGGGCCUUUAGAUGAGAAUGACCCCUCAUAACUACCCUCUGUUGUAGAGAAAAGGAUCCGCUAAGGCAGACAUAAUGGUGUUAUAAUAAACUCAAUUCACCUCACCAAAGCCGCCGUUUAACUCUCCAGAUAGUCAACAAUAAAAUUGAUAGUUCUGUCUGGUAGUUUUAUUAUGUUCGGCAGACCUGAGGCCACUGCCCCGUUUCCCAUGGUCAGUAGCCAGCAGCACACGACGCUGAACCAUAGACUGAUGGUGCUCAACUGCCAAGCACCAUCUUUGCUUUCUGUAUUCUUAAUCAGAUAUCUGUCUGUCUUAAUAUCCGUUGCUU